ACAAAUAAUUAUCUUAAAAAUAAAUUUUACAUUACUAAUUUAUAUUUCGAAAAAAAAAAAAAUUAUUUCGAAAAGUGUUAGAAAUUAUUAACUGUAUUUAUGUACUUGAUAAAAGUUUUGAGAAUUACUAGUGAGUAGUGUUUGUUAAUUUAAAAAAUAAAAAUUUGUUAAAUAAAAAAGGGCCAAUAAUAAAAACAGUUGUGAAUAAUUUAAAUAAUAAUGAGAGAAGCGGUGUUAGCCGCGUGUUUUCUGGGGCUCGCAUUUGCAGCGAGUCCAAGGUUGCCAAGAACAUCAGCGGAUCAAAGAAGUAUUAGAAAUACACAUGUCAUCACAAGUAAUAUUACAGGAAAUGUAUUGCCAGCAUCAAUGAGAGGAUCACAACGAAAUCGAGAGCAGUAUUUGUUUAAUGUAUUUGAGGUGAUUGUUUCAACCUUGGAAUCGAAACUACAACGUAUCGAAAAUUUGGACAAAGCUGUUGAACACUUGAUGAGACGAGUUGAAGCUCUUGAUUCACGUGUUAAUGACAAUAUCGAUAAGACAGAUGCUGUUAUAACAAAACUACGAACAUUGGAUCUUAAAUUAUUUCAUGCACAGCCAACACUUCCACCGGAAGUACAAAGACCUCGUGCGAGAAUAUCAGAAGACAGUACUGGUGAUGGACAAGAGCAAGUACCAGUUAUACGUUUGAUACAUCAUGAUGGACCAGCACCAGAAUAUCUUGGUGAAAAAUUAUUAUCACUUGAUCAAAAAGUAUCAGACAUUGAUGAUAAACUUGUUAAUUUAAAAAAUCAACUUGAUAAUAAUUUUUUACCAAGUGAUGAUAUAAAUGCUGAAGCCAGUGAAAAAAAACCAAUAAGUAUGAAUGUCAUUGAAAUAACAAAAGCAAUGAGUAACGAAGUUAUGAAUCAUGUUACAAUCGAAAUUGAAAAUUUACGUCAAACAACUGGUAAUAUGGAUAGAAAAUUACAAUUUCAUAUGAAUUUAGUUGCUGAAACAUUGAGUGGUGUUUAUGCAUUAACCAAGGAUAUACAUGAUGCUAUUGUUGAAAAAAAUAAUUAUAAUAUUAAUAAUCAAACAAUUAAAAGUAGUACACAAUCAUCUGUUAAUAAAAAAAGUAAAAUUGAUAAAAUUGUGGAAAAAAUUAAUCCAAUGUUAAGUGUAUCAGAAAAAAUGGAUCAAGUAUGGAAUGUUGUUAUGGUUACAAAGAGUUCAAUUGAUCAUUUAUUGCCAAAAUCUGAUCGUUUAUUAACUCAAACAGAAAGACAAGAGCGUGCAAUUAGUGAAAUUCAUGAUGAUUUACGUACAAAAACAAAUAAAAUUAUACAAAAUAUUGAAGGAGUGGAGAGUAGAUUAAAAAAACAAGAAAAUGAGGUUGUUAAUCUUGCACAACGACAAAUACCAGCUGAAUUGCUGCUUGAUCCCACGAUCGAUCGUUUAGUUGAAUAUGAUCCAAAUAGAUAUAUAGCCUUGAAUGAAGAUUAUACAACAGAAGGAUCAACUUUAUUAUCAUCAAAGGCAUCAUCAACAUCAUCACCAUCAGUAGCAAUACCAACAUUAUCAUUAAAUUCACAAUCAACAACUCCAAUGACAUCAACAUCAUUACACUCAACAAAUUCAACAACAACAAGUGGUAAUGGUACUAGAGCAUCAACUAGAAAUCGUGGUGUUAUAUUUCCCAGCGUCAAAAAUAAACCAAGUUUAACAAAUUCAACUUUCACAACUGACAACCUUCUUGCUAAUUACAAAGAUAUCAAGGGAUAUUCUUGCAUUGAUUUGCUGAAUGCUGGUAUGAAAGACAGUGGUGUUUAUUACCUUCAAAUUCGUGGGACAACAUAUUGGUUUUUAAAAGUCUACUGUGAACAAGAAAUCGCCGAUGGUGGAUGGACUGUCAUCCAACGACGUGAUGAUUUUGGAGAACCAAAGGAAAAUUUUAAUCGUGAUUGGACUGAUUAUAAAAAUGGAUUUGGUGAUCCAGCUAGAGAAUUUUGGCUUGGAAAUGAAAAUAUUUAUAUGUUGACUAAUAAUGAUGAUUAUUCAUUGAGAGUUGAGCUUGAAGAUUUUGAAGGAAAUAAAAGAUACGCACAGUAUUCACAUUUCAAAGUAUAUUCUGAAGGUGAAUAUUACAAAUUAGAAAUUGAUGGAUAUGAAGGUAAUGCCGGUGAUUCUCUUAAUGAUCCAUGGUAUGGAUUUAACAACAGUCCCUUCUCAACAUACAAUAGAGAUAAUGAUAGAUCAUCAUUAAAUUGUGCAUCAAUGUUGAAAGGUGGUUGGUGGUGGAAAUCAUGUGGUCGGGGACUCAAUGGUAUUUAUCUAAAUGAUCCACAAGAUCUCACAGCACGUCAAGGUAUCGUGUGGUUCCGUUGGAGAGGCUGGGAUUAUACACUCAAAAAAGCAACAAUGAUGAUCAAACCAAGAGGACAAAUAUCAUCACAAUAAAUAAUAUAUUAUUAAUAAUUUUUUCAUUAUUUAAAAUAUUAUUCAAUGUUAUAAUUAAGAGACUUGACGAUACAAUUAUAUAUAGACGACCUUCGGUUCUCAUUAUUGAGCUACCGUUGACAUAAAUUAUUUUUUACGCCAACGAAUAUUAUUUUUUAUCAUUCAUUUGUUAUUUUAAUUUAAAUUCAGUUAAAUCAUACAUGUAAAUAACAAUUUUUAAAAUUUUUUUUUAAUUAAAUAUUUGAUAAUGAUUUGAAAAUUGAAAAAAAAAAAUACAUACAGUAUUUAUUAACUACUAUAUCGUUUUUUAUAACUCUCAAUUUUUAAUAAAUAAAUAAAAAUUUAAUUGAGAAAAAAAUAAAACUAAUAGAUAUUUGUUGAUAACCUAUUGUAAAUUAAUUUUUUAAUAAGAAGAAAUUGAAAAUUAUCAUGAGAGGCUAUACCGAGAUAUUUUCUAAUAAGUGUGCUUAAAAAAUAAUGUAAAAUUUGUGUUACUUUUUAUAAUAAUAAUUUCUUAUAGAGAUGCACACGAGACGAGAUCAACCUCAGUGCAUAUCUGUCUCUGUCCUCUGUGUGCAUCUCUAAUUUGUUAUAAGAACCAGCUAAUUGUUAAAAAAUCAUAUUGAAAUGUAGUCCUUGAGUCGUCAGAUUGAAAUACAUUUUUGAUUUUAUAAAUAUUGUGUCAAAAAAUUGUUAGAUAAAGUUUUAUUUUUGAUAUUCAAUUGGGACUUAUAAAAACUUAUAGAAAAAAAAAAUUGAAUAAUUAAAUUUAAAUGUAACAAACAAAAAAUAAUUAUUUAAGUAUAACUCAAGGAUAAAAUUUUGAUCUUAAGUUGUAAAAAGAAUCUAAAUAAAUGUUCCUUUUUGUAAAAUAAUAAUUUCGAAGUGUUAAAAUUGUCUGGUGGAAAUAUAUUUGUCCGGCAUUACUCCGUUUUUUUCGUCAACAUGAAAUUAGUACCGGAAAAAUUAUUCUGGCAUGAGAUCAAUGGAGGAGAAAAAACUCCAGCAUUUUCUUGAGUAUUUUCUCCGUCAUCAAUCUUAUGCCGGAGUAAUUUGUCAGUAAAUUGACCAAAAACGGAGAAAUGCUGAAGAAAGCCGGAGUAAUACCGGAGAAUGCUGGAAAAAUAUUUCUACCAGAGCAAAUGAUAAAAAAACACCAAAAUUAAACUCCAAAAUC